CCAACUCCCUGGCCCACUACCAAACGGAUGUUUGGUUGGGUGUAAUGCUAUUACACCCUAAUUCCGCUCCGCAUCUAUUACGGACGUUGGUUGUAAUAGCCAUUCCGAUCUUUAAGCACGGAUUAGGGAUUCCCUCCCAAUUCGUUACCAUCUUUUCCAUUUUCUACCCUCGUCCUCUCCGACGUUUCGCAAGAUGACAACAUUGAAAGCCAAAAGGAGCGCGGGAACAGUGGAAAUAGAAAGGAAAAAUGAGCUUAAAACAUCACCAUAACUCCAACUCCGCAGCAGCUGCUUAAUCUCUCUCUUUUGAUGACAUUGCUGACUUCUUCUCUCUUCCCCUUGUCGACGCCGCUUCCACUCUUGAAAAUCUACCGUGAAAAUGGUCUCGACAGAUGGCCUCACCGCAAGUCGGAUGCAGGUUUAGCUGCAGCUAUACUGAUGCAGAACCUCAGCAGGAUAUCUAUGGCUGCUACUGCAUAUUCAAAGGGAGAGUUGGAGUACGCGGCUUAUCUUUCUGAUCAGGUAACCUAUUUGUUUGACAAGAUGGAAGAAUGGUUGGGGAUUGUUUUGCUUGAAGCCUUGCAGAAUGGCGCGGUAGUGCUAGAUUUAAAGAAGUUGGAAAAUCUAUUUUAUUAUAUUUUUGAUACUUAAAGUUGGGGAGUUUCCAGUGACACCCUAGUUGUUCUAUCUUCGAUUUUGUUGCUAGCAUGAGUUGAUUUGUUUAGCAUUUUAUAGAAUAGAUGAAUUAGUCAUAUUGUAUCUGUUACGUGGAUUAUGGUUCAUGGCUUUAUCUUACAAUAAUCCUUGUAUUAACCUAUUCAUCCAACAAUAAUUUCUUGUUCUUUUGGAUUCA